AUGUCGCUAACAGGACGUGCUACUAUUAGAAUUAAAGAUGAAAAAAAUCCUGGUGAUAUUCGUAACUAUUCCAAUGUGAAGUUACAGCUGACAACUAGUAAAUCCAAUCCAAAACUUAGUCUUAAACUUCCAAUCGACAAUGAGGUUGUUGGACGAUUUAAUUUAAGGGAUUGCUCUUACGUAGAGAAAUCAUCAGCUCGCGGUACCGUAGAAUGUAUUCGUAAUAAUUCUACAGAAGAAAUACUGCUUAUACUGAAUCCAACCGAAGAAUCUGCACCGUUGUUAGAACAUUUGCGAAACUAUUUGACGGCUGGUCCUGAAACUGCUCGUGGAUCUACACCAGAAUUUGCUCGUAGACCUGCACCAGGACCUGCUCGUGUAGCUUCACCUGCAGCUAUACCCGCACCUAUUCCUAAUGACGACGUGGAUCAAUUAAUUAGAGCAUUGAAUGAUAACAAUACCAAUGAAGCCAGUCGUUUUGCACGUAAACUUGCUUCGAAUCACACAGCAGUUCAAUUCUCUCUUGAUAUGAUUAAUGAAUACGGAAAUGCAGCACCACGACAACCACCAAAGCCUAUUAUACAACCAUUAAAAUUGAAGCUAACAAUCGAAAGCUUUUUGAUUGACCAAUGUACGGAUGAAAAAUACGAUGUGACUAUUCUUCCAGGAACAACUAUAAAAGAUCUUAAACAAAUAGUCUAUCGUGAUACAGAAAUAUCUGUUCAACAGCAGUACUGGUUCAUUAAUCGAGAACAUCUUACCGAUACAUAUACAUUUGGCGUUACAACACCACCUGUGAAAGAAAAUACAGUACUUACACUUUAUAUUGCUAAGCCCCAACAGAAUUGA